AUGCCGCAUAAGUCUUUCCACAUCCCGCUGCGGACCUCCAGUAUGAAACCGAAAUCCAGCGAUGGCAGCAAUCGGAAGGAGCAUAAGUCGCGGUCCAUCCCCAAGGCUCAGAGAAUACUCGGAACAACCGGCAUCGCCCUUGACGACGAUUACCAUAAACGCCCCGACCAAAGGACAAGCCGGAGCGCGAGCCAUGUGAAUGCGCCGGAAACACACCAAAACCCAGACGGAGGAGAAGAUGGACUACAACCCCCGAAUCUUCGUGUGCGCGCGUCGUCGCCACUGUUAGGCCAAGAAUAUCGCGACACUCGUAAUCCGACACCACUCACGCAGUUGUCAAGGAAGCUGCAUCUGUCUCCCUCGUCCUCUGGGCUGUAUUCUCGGUAUGGUUCGAAGGACGCACCGGCUGAGCCAAGCACAAACCUUGGCCAGUACCAUGGUGAGAACAUGGAGGACCGGGAAGGCCCAGAUAACGGAUUCAACCCAGGGUUCAAACAACCAAAGGGGCCAAUGAAGGACUCGAAACGGAAGACACGACCCCCAAGGAUCGACCUCUCUUUGCUAUUCCCCAAACCACAAAAUAACUCAACACCUCUUCUAUCUCCGCAGCGCAUGGUGUCCUCACCGUCUUCUCUUUCUAUGAGAUCGGAAUAUUCUACGUUAAAGCCGCAAAGCCCGGAAAGCCGUCUAGGGAAGAAACUCACCAAGUCCCAACCACGACCAAGGACAUCAAGUCGCGCAGAGGAGGCCCAACAAACGCUCAAUGGCGUUUUGAACUCGUCGCUAGUACAGGACACGCCCCCCGUGUGGAGCAAUCCUUCGUUGGAGAAAACGGUGAGGACUAGUGAGAUGGACUUGGCGCUACAAAAGGAUCUUGAUGCCCAACCAACUCCACGGUCCACAGAACGCGCCCUAUACAGCCAAAUGAACUUCAGCUUGCGCGGUAGGGCCCAGACCCAGCGCAGCGACUCGAAGUCAUUUCUAUCGGCUAGAUCUGGGGAAUCAGCACAUUCGUCCCAGAGAACUCUACGGGAGGCGACGUCGGCCAGGUCCCUAAACAAGGGCCCUUCCAUAUCAAAAAAGAGCAGUAAAAGCACACUGAAGAACACCGAUUUGAACAAAUCUAGCGUGCUUUGUCUUUCCUCCUCCGAAGAUGAAGAUGAUGAGCCGCAGCCUUUGUUGAAGCCCCCAUUCAGACCAAACAGAAACAAGAGGGACAGUGUCAGCACGUACGGGGGAUAUGACGGUGAAAUUUGUACUGCGGCUGCCGCGCAAGCGACUAGAGGAACACUACGAAGUGUAGAACGUCCUUCGUCGAGUCAGACUCAAAGUUCACGAUCAAGCUCAAAAUACCUUCAUCCUCGGCAAGACUCUAAUGCUUCGCUACCGCGAAAACCCUCUCGGGCAGCCGGGGGUAAUCAAUCACGCCGUUCAAGCGGUGUUCCCGCAAUUCUCGAGCCCGACUUCCUCCACAGCGACCCUAUUUUUGAGGACCAGAGCCACGCUCGGACGAGAACCUCAACUAUGUCUCAGCGAGAAAUGCACAGGAGGAGCCGCGUUAUGGCUGUGACAAGACAGGAAGAGCGCCUGCUUGAAGUGAUGAGAGUGCGACACGGCAAGAUGACUCCAAGUAUCUUCAACGAACAUAUUGAACCCGAUCGCCGUUCGGUGGUAUCAGGCCUCUCAGUGCCUUCUCGAGAUUCAUUCUACUGCUCUGAUACCUCGUUCCUACGCCUCAGCAACCCUGGUAUCCCUCCUUCGGUACCAACACCGCCCCUUCCGGCCUCGUAUUAUCAGAACAAGGGUGCUUCCACCCCGCAAGGCACAGGGUCUGAUACUGAAGAUAAGACUACAACUUCAGCCCCAUCGCCUCGAGCGAGUGUGUCUUCAAAAAGCCUUCCUUCUCCUGCCACCAGUGCCACAUCUCCUCUAACCCCAACUCUACCUAUUCACCGCUUUUCGCCCUUGCCGUCCCAAAAACCUCCACCCCAACGACCCCCACCUCCCGUCCCUGAAGUUCAGAGAAACCACUCAAGGAGGCGGACGGAUAGCAGCGGGGCCAUCGCGCUUGAAGAUCCUGCAGCAGAAGAUCCAGGUGAGGGCAGCGAGUUUCCUCCUUGGGCGUUGGGGUGGACCACUGAAGGCAGCAACCUAACAGCUGUGCAUUGA